ACCCUUUAUAAAUCACCCUGAACGCCAAAAAGCAGAAGCAAAGAGCUUUCAAUAUAAACACAAAAUUUGGCAAUCGUCUUCUUCACCCAUCAAAGACAACAAAUCAAAGAUUUUCUGGUGAUCUUGUUGGAAGAAGUUAUUGAACUCAAAACUUUGUGAUCAUGGACCGUGGCAAUUCAACAUUUGAACAAUGUUAUCGAUGUUACCCUGUCUCUUUCAUUGACAAGGCACAUCUGGAGAAGGGAGAUAAAGCUAUUAUGCCUGCCUCAGCUCUUGAUCGCCUUGCAUCACUGCAUGUCGAAUACCCAAUGUUAUUUGAGUUGACUAAUGCUCCUGUUGAGCGAGUUUCUCAUUGUGGGGUUUUAGAGUUCAUUGCAGAUGAGGGCAUGAUAUACUUACCAUACUGGAUGAUGGAGAACAUGCUCCUCCAAGAGGGAGAUAUUGUGCAGGUGAAAAAUGCUAGCUUAGCAAAGGGAACCUAUGUGAAGCUGCAGCCCCACACUAUGGACUUCUUAGACAUCUCCAACCCCAAAGCAAUCCUGGAAACAACACUGAGGAGUUACUCUUGCUUAACUACUGGUGACACUAUCAUGGUCCCUUAUAACAAUAAAAAGUAUUAUAUUAAUAUAGUUGAAACAAAACCUUCCCCUGCAGUCAGUAUUAUUGAAACUGAUUGUGAGGUGGACUUUGCCCCUCCUCUUGAUUAUAAAGAACCACAACAGCCAGUUCCCUCUCUAAGGUCAAAAAGGAUGCCACCUGAAGCUGAAGAAGUGCCACCUAAAAAGGUUGCUAAGUUUAGCCCGUUCAGUGGUUCAGCAAGGCGCUUGGAUGGCAAACCCUUGACACAACCAGCUGCACUGCCUGUCUCUCCCUUGUUUAAACAACAUAAUUCAAAUGCUGGCAAUGAAACUGUUGCUUCCAAGUCAUCAAGCUCUACUUCAAGUCAACACUCUGGAAAGCUUGUGUUUGGUUCGAAUGGGGGUCAGCCCCCAAAGGAAACAACAAAAGUUGCCAUGAAGAACAGUAGAGAGCCGCCUAAAGAGGAAGAACCAAAGUUUCAAGCCUUCACAGGGAAAAAGUAUUCACUGAGAGGAUGACCGCAUUCAAACUUUUCUGUGGUCCAUCCGUUGAGAUUUCAAAUAGCCCAUUUGUUCAUUGAAGACCGUUGCCCAAAAGGGCUCAGAAACUUCUUUAGGGUUUUUUGCCACUGAAUAAUUAACUAAUUAUAUUCAGUUGAUUCAAAAAAUUGGUAUGGGCACAGGGCACUUGAAUGGUUCAAAUGUAAAGGGUACAAAAGACUUGCAAGAGUAUAUAAACAAGUUAUUUAAAUUUAGGUAUAUAUAAAGUUGGAAAUCAGCAGUUUUAUGACAUAUUAGUGGAUUAUGUUUUUCUC